AUGGGUGGUUCUCAGGAGAUGUUGAUCAUUCAGAAGCCAUUGUACAAGACAGAUUUGAGCCGAAACCAUGGCCAUUUAUCAAUCCCACGGAAGCAAAUCAAAAACGAUUUUCUCACUCCGGAUGAGAAGAUGCUUUUGAACGAAUCAGAAUUGAAAGUGAAAUUGAUUGAGCCAUGCCUUGACGACUGCUACAUACACUUGAGGAAGUGGGAAAUGAAAACGAGCUCAAUUUAUGUGUUGGUGAAUAUUUGGAACGAGGUUUUGUCGAAGAAUGGACUCGAAGAAGAUGUGGAGAAGAGGGUGGCAAUGGCAAAAAGCACUGGAGUUUUUGGCUUAUGA